AUGCCGCCGCCGCCGCGCGGCGAUACGAUCCGGAAGCUCCUGCUCUACUCCGUGGCUAUCGUCGUCGCGCCGCUCGCGACGUACGUCACGAUGCAGCGAUUCGUCCUCCCGCGCUUGGCGAGCGCGUUCGGAUGGUCGGUGUGGGCGGAGGAGGCGGAGAGGCACGCCACCGUCAGCGGCCUGUGCGCCGUCGCCGCCGCGCAGUGCGUCGUCGGGUCGUACGUCCUUCGCGCGAUGGCGGAGGAGGAAGGCGGCGGCGGCGGCGGCGGCGGUGAAGCCGAAGGCGGCGACGCGCGGGGCGCGAAGGAAGAGUAG